GUUUUAUAAUGACGCAGACCUCCUUUUGCCCUUGAUCAACGAGAGGAUCAGAGGGAGUAGCAGUGUGUGUAGGUUGGAGAGUUCAACGGCUUUAUUUCAUUCUGUGUGGCAUUUAAUACAUCAUGUCUAAAAUUGGAAUCAACGGAUUUGGCCGUAUUGGUCGCCUUGUUUUGAGGGCAGCCCUUGAAAAGGGAGGUCAAGUUGUUGCCAUCAAUGAUCCAUUCAUUGGAUUGGACUACAUGGUUUACAUGUUCAAGUAUGAUUCCACUCACGGUCGCUUCAAGGGUGAAGUUAAGGCUGAAGGGGAUAAGUUGGUUGUGAAUGGUCAGAAGAUUUCUGUUUUUUCGGAGAGAGACCCCAAGACCAUUCCAUGGGGCAAGGCUGGUGCCGAGUAUGUUGUAGAAUCUACUGGCGUGUUCACAACUAUUGAAAAGGCUUCUGCACAUUUGGAAGGUGGUGCAAAGAAAGUAAUUAUUUCUGCCCCCAGCGCAGAUGCCCCCAUGUUUGUUGUUGGUGUGAACCUUGAAUCAUAUGACCCAUCACUGAAAGUUAUCUCCAAUGCUUCUUGCACAACAAACUGCUUGGCACCCCUUGCCAAAGUCAUCAAUGACAACUUUGAAAUCGUUGAAGGACUUAUGACUACAGUUCAUGCAGUCACUGCAACACAGAAGACUGUAGAUGGUCCUUCAGGAAAGCUAUGGCGUGAUGGCCGCGGUGCAAACCAGAACAUCAUCCCAGCUUCAACUGGUGCAGCCAAGGCUGUAGGCAAAGUCAUUCCUUCUCUCAACGGAAAGCUGACUGGCAUGGCGUUCCGUGUCCCAGUUCCCAAUGUUUCUGUUGUAGAUCUGACAGUAAGGCUGGGCAAGGCAGCAACGUAUGAUGAAAUCAAGGCCAAAGUUAAGGAGGCAGCAGCAGGACCAUUGAAAGGAAUCCUGGACUACACCGAAGAUGACGUUGUGUCAUCAGACUUUAUUGGUGAUACCCAUUCCUCCAUCUUUGAUGCAAAGGCUGGAAUUCCUCUCAACAACAACUUUGUCAAACUCAUUUCAUGGUAUGAUAAUGAGUAUGGCUAUUCUUCUAGGGUCAUUGACCUCAUUAAGUAUAUACAGACAAAGGAUUAAAUAUUGCAUUAGUAGCAGGCAGGACAUCUGCCUCCCAGGUUGUUUAGCAGAAGUUUUCUGUUCCCAGCAUGAUUCAGUGUCUUACUAUACCAUUAUUUAUUGUAGCUGAUGAACAUGCUAGUCUGUAUCAUCCAGAGACUAUAAUUUUAAAUUGAAAAGAACAAACAUGGCCCAAGGCACUGAGAAUAACAUUAACACUACUGUGUGCAGUACAAUAAAAUUGAUGUGCAGAAUGACA